AUGGUUGAAACUCUAAAAACAGAAAAAAGUUUUGAAAUCAUAAAUAAAUAUCGUUCAAUAUUUAAGUUAUAUGGAAAACCAACUUUAUUAGUAAGUGAUAAUGCCAGAUACUUUUGUGCUGAGGAAACAAUUAAAUUUUUAAAAAGUAUAAAUGUUAGUCCCAUUUUUUCAAUACCACGUUGUUCACAAAGUAACGGGUGUGCUGAAAAAAUUGUUGGUUGA